AUGGCUCCCUCCGCAGACCCGCUCCCUCCCACGCCAAUCCCUAACAAAGAAACCGUUCCUCCGACUCAUCCCGACCGCUUAAGGGUCGAACGCAGCACCAAGGCCUUCGGCAGCGGGGCAUACUCUCUGAUUGACUUACCAGCGGGCGCUCUCUUUGCCAAGAUCACCACUGCCACGCCAGGCAAGAAGGCCUACACCAGCGUCCAGACCGGAGCAGACACCCACAUUGAGCUCAACUCCGACCUCGUGUUCUGCAACCACUCCUGUGCGCCCUCACUGGUUUUCGACAUGUCCCGCAUGGAGGUGCGUGUGAUUGACGAGCGGCCCUUGAAAGCCGGGGACGCCUUGACCUUCUUCUACCCGAGCACCGAGUGGGACAUGGACCAGCCAUUCCAUUGCACCUGUGGAGCCGAGGAGUGCAGAGGAUGGAUUUCCGGAGCGAAGGACAUGCCUCGGGAUGUUCUGAAGCAAUACUGGCUAAACCCUCACAUUGCUGCGUUGCUGAAUGAGCAACAGUAG